AUGCCAUUGUUAUCUAAAGAAAUUCAAUACGGUCUUGUUGCAACUUUUGCGUAAAAUGUUCAAAUCUAUUAUUUAGUGUUGGUUUAGGUACACUCAAAGUUGCUUAAAGACCAUUUGAAACUUGUAUUGGAUAUAUACUCUCUUUAGGAUCAUUAGUGUAAAUUUACUAUCUAUAUAUUAGAAUAUUAUUAGGGUGGGACAAGUUACCAUUCAAUUAAACUAAUGUUAAUACUAAUUAGGAAUUAACCAAAGAAGAAUUGUAUGAAAGAAGAAGAUUAUUGAAAGAAGAAAAAAAAAAAUAAAAACUUAUUGAAGCAUAAGAACUAAAAAAACUAUAAAAAGUAGAAAGAUUAUCAUCUGAAUCUCCAGAUAAGAAAUCUCCAGAAAGAGCAUCUUCACCAUCUGAAAGUGAAGGUGAAAAAAAGAACUAAUAAAAUAAUAAAAAAGAUGAAAAGAAUUAGUAAAAUACUAAAACAAAUGGUAAAUAAUAAUCUAAAUAAUCAUAAUAAUAAGCUCAAUAAUAAUAACAAUAAAAUAAAUCAUCAAAAUAAAAAAAUUAACAACAAGUUUAAACAUAAAAAACUAAAUCUACAAAUGAUAAAUUAAAACCAUAACAACCUGAAGAUGAUGAUGAAGGAUGGGAAGAAGUUUAUGAUAAAAAAUAGAACAAAAAGACUUAAUAAUAAAAAUUAUAAUAAGAAGAAUAAGCUAGAUUAUAAGCUGAAGCAAAAGCUGCUGCUGCAUUAAAAUUAAAAGCUGCAGAAGAAGCUAGAAUUGCUGCUGAAUUAGCUGCUAAAGCUGCAGAAGAAGCUGCAUUAGCUGCUAAAUAAUAAAAAGGGUAAUUUAACUUCUUAAAUUUUAUAGAUCCAAAGCUAAGAAUACAUAAGCUAAUAAGAAAUAAGAAGAAUAAAGAGAUUAAGAGUAUUUAUUAUUUUAAAUUUAGUGAUGAUGGUUGGGUCUAAGUUGAUUCAUAACAAAAAAAAUAGAAAGGUGGCAAGAAGAACAAAUGAGUU